AGUUUAAAUAUGGCAGACUUCGCUUUUGCCUCGCGGCUCCUUGAAGGUUCGCGGGGACUUUAACGAGACUUCCUCAUGAGGAGCGACUCGUUCACAGCCGAGCAGGUCGUGGGGACACUCACUGAGAAGUGACGGAAACACCGGCGAGCUCAGCUCGAACAACAACAACAACAACAACAGCCGAACUGCUCCCGUCAAUGUGAGGCACCACCGUGAAGGAUGGACAAGCCUUCUGUGGGAGAGAAGGCUGCUUUAAGCAGACCGAACCGCUGGGUGGAUCCGUCCUUCGCCGACUUGCCGGAGGAAAGCUUCGCUCCGUCCAGACGGAGGAGAGGCACCCAGGCCUCGUGCUCCAAGGCCGAGCCCAAGAGGUCCCGGAGGAGGGCGGGGGAGCCGGACCCCCGCACGGCCCACCUGCCGAAGGACUCGGCCCCCGGGGACCAGGAUGAGCCGUGGGUGGACAGAUACUCGCCGCGUUCGCAGGCCGAGCUCGCUGUCCACAAGAAGAAGAUCGAGGAAGUGGAGAACUGGCUGAGAGUGCACUCGAGCGCAUCGAAGGGUGGCGUCCUGCUGCUGACGGGACCAUCGGGCUGCGGGAAGACCGCCACGGUCCAGGUUCUGUCCCUGGAGCUGGGCCUCAGGGUUCAGGAGUGGACCAACCCCUCCAACCUGGAGCUGUACAGCGGCGAUCCGCAAGACUGGAGGGCGAACGGCUUCCCCUGCACCUCCCAGUUAGCCCAGUUCCAGGAUUUCCUCCUUCGAGCAAACAAGUACAACAGCCUGAAGAUGGUGGGCGACGGCGCGGCCACGGGCGGGAACCUCAUACUGGUGGAGGAUUUCCCGAACCAGUUCUACAGGCAGCCCAGCAGCCUGCACGACAUCCUGAGGCGCUUUGUGAAGACCGGCCGACGCCCCCUGGUGUUCAUCGUGUCGGACAGUCUGAGCGGAGACAGCAGCUCCCGCUUCCUGUUCCCCAGAGAGGUCCAGGAGGAGCUGGACAUCAGCAGCAUCAGCUUCAACCCGGUGGCUCCGACCACAAUGAUGAAGGUCCUGACUCGCAUCUCAGCGGCGGAGGCCGGAAAGAGCGGUGGGAGGUUGUGCGUCGCGGAGCCGGCGGUGCUGGAGUCGCUGUGUUCGGGGAGCUCGGGAGACGUCCGCAGCGCCGUCAACAGCCUCCAGUUCUCCUCCCUCCCGGGUCGGAGCUCGGACGCGUCGCCGUGGAGGGUGAAGAGGGGCGGGCCGGCGGCGCCGCUCGGCAACGCCGCUCCCAGAACCAACCAGAGGGGGAGGAAGGCCAAAGUGUCGAGGGAGGUUGAGGGGGAGCAGGCCAUCGGAGGGAAAGACGCGUCCCUGUUCCUCUUCAGAGCGCUGGGGAAGAUCCUGCACUGCAAACGAGGGCGGCGUGAGGACGCCGAAGCAGCUGCUUGUGCCCCUGGCCUGCGUCUCCCGACUCACCUGUCUCAUCACCACAGAGAACCAUUGCUUGUGGAACCCGAGCUGGCCGUGGAGCGCUCGCACAUGUCGGGAGACUUCUUCAUCCUGUACCUGCACCAGAACUACCUGGACUUCUUCUCCGAGGUGGAGGACGUGGAGCGCGCCAGCGAGUAUCUGUCGGACGCCGACCUCCUCGCGUCCGACUGGGAGAGCCGCGGCACCAUGGGGCAGUACGGGUCGUCAGUGGCCACCAGGGGGCUCCUGCACUCCAACUCCCAGCAAGUGUCUGUCGGCUUCAGGCCGCUUCACAAACCCAACUGGCUGCUCGUCAACAAGAAGCACAGAGAGAACUGCCUGGCGGCCCAGUCCCUGUUCAGGAGCUUCUGUCUGACGCCAGUCAGCCUGCAGACGGAGCUGCUGCCAUACCUGGCCAAGCUCACCAACCCGAUGAGGAACCAAGCUCAGAUCGCUUUCAUCCAGGACGUGGGUCAGAUGUCCCUGAGGAGGUUUCCCGGCAGAUUGAAACUGGAGGCUCUGGCGGACAAGGAGCCGGCCCAGCUGGACAGAGACAGCGAGGAGGAAGAGGAGAGUCCGGCCGCGGCGGGUGAGGAGGGUCUGCCGGCCAGUCAGCCCCAGCCCACCACGAGCCGGGUCCUGUUGGAGGAGGAGGACCCGAUCAUCGAGGACUACAACAGUGACUAAAGCGCUCUGCUUCUGGGACUCGACUACAGCUCCAGCUGUUCUCCACGUGGGGCGUCGCGUGAGCCUCAUGGGGCGUCGCAUGAGCAAGACACUUUCCCAAACCAGAGUGUCUCGAAGGACCUGAAUUAAAUGUGACCGCGUCGCUCGAUACGGGCUCGUAAUAAUAAGAAUAUGAAAGCACAGGGAUUCAUUUUUUAAUAAUCCCCCAAAGUGAUCCUUAAAGAAAUACUUCAACCCCCAGAAUGAACAUUUAUAUAUCAAUUACUAACCGCGUGUUGUUCCCUUGGAUUCCUGAAGGUAACACCCGGUGCGUGACUGAUGCAUAAAUGAUCAUCGUGGAGGCGAAGAAUUCCUUUUAACCGCUCAGCUGAAAAGUUGUCCGUAUUUAUUUGUGUCGUGUGCACGUUGAGCACUCGUUGUUGUUGUUGUUUGUACCUCACAGAUUUGUGUUUUUUGCUAAGUGACUGAUAGAUUUGUCCAGGAGCCCUUUUUUAAAUGUAAUAUUGUUCUGUUGUCCAUGGAUGGGUCGACAGAAACUUAUACACAUUACCAAUAGAUGCCUGUUGCUUAAAUCCAAAUAAGCAAGUGAAUAAAACAAACCGUGUGGAAAGUGGACGGUUGGGCUCCAGACUCGA